AUGCCUGCUGUAAACCACGCGUUCUCUGCGUUCUCGUUCAUCGCACUUGUCCUCGUUUUGAUUCCUUUGCCCUGGCAUUUAGAAGCCUGGAAUACAGGGACUAUCUUGUACAUCUUCUGGACGUCCAUAUCACUCCUGAACUAUUUCAUUAACUCGAUCAUUUGGGAUGGAAACGACGUCAACUGGGCACCAGUUUGGUGUGAUAUCUCCUCAAAGCUGAUCAUUGGCGUUAUGUUUGGCAUUCCGUGUGCAUCGUUGUGCAUCAACCGAAGACUGUAUUACAUUGCCACUGUUCGCAGUGUUACCAAGUCGAAGCAAGAUAAACGCCGAGGGAUUCUCGUGGAUUGUGCUAUUGGCAUCAUCGCUCCAAUGAUAUUCAUGGCCUUGCACUACGUCGUACAAGGGCAUCGCUUCGAUAUCUUUGAAGAUAUUGGGUGCUACCCCACAAUCUACAACGUGACCGUCGCUUAUGCCCUCAUCUAUGGGCCGCUCCUCUUGAUCCCCCUCAUCUCGGGCGUUUACGCGACCCUCAGCAUCAUCGCAUUUAGGCGCCGGCAAACCGAGUUCCGCGACAUCCUCUCCUCCAGCACCAAUUCCCACACGACAAUCAGCCGUUACUUCCGCCUCAUGGCCCUCGGCAGCGUCGAGAUCGUCCUUGGUUUCCCCCUCGCUCUCACAACAUGUAUCGUCAAUGCCACGCUCAUUCCUGUCCAACCUUGGAUCUCUUGGGAAGACACUCACUUUGAGUUUGGAACCGUGUUGAAUGUCCCUGCCGAGGACUGGAGGAGUAAGACUGCGACUGCCGUGAUGUUGGAAGUGACGAGUAGGUGGAUGUCAAUCGUGUUUGCGCUGUUGUUCUUCGGGUUCUUCGGGUUUGCGGAUGAGGCGAAGAAGAAUUACAGAGCUUGGGCUGAGAGGGCCGCCCGGCUGGUGGGGGUCAAAUGGGAUCUUGACGAGGACAGGACGAGGGUUAACACGCCCAGUAGCUCAUUCGGGAACUCUCCAUUCUACAAGUUCAAGAGUUCAAACGGGAACGGCAUGCGCUCUACGGGCGACCUGCCGAUCUACGUCCAGCAGGAAGUAAUCAAGAAACGCGAUUCGUUCGAUUCGUUCUCGGACCUGACCAUCCGGUCGAUGGAGGAGAAGAACUUCAAGCCUACUUCCAAUAUGACAACUGCGGCCACUCAGGAUCUUGCUCGAACCAAUUUGACAAUUGCAAUUGAGGUUUUGCCCCCGGCACCCGUCUACCCCAGCUGCGCCUCUCCUAGUCACCUGGAAGCCCAAACCCACUCGCCCAACAGUACCAAAUCUAAAUCUUCAUCCCGAAGGCAGUCGUUCCCUGUUUCGGUGACUGCGGAUGGAUCGAGUUCGUUCCUCGAUCUUUCAACGCCCUCUCCGGACAGCGUGUUAAGCGCUGGACCCAACCAUCGAGUGUAGACUCGCUCGACGCAGUGUUCCAUCCCUUUACACUAUGUUUUCACGGACCACGCAUGAUUUCGAUGAUUGAAAAGACUUGGAUUUGACUCAACUUUGUAGCAUAGCACAGUCGCCUGUAGCCCACCUUUUUACCUGAAGUACCUUAGUCACGUUCUCAGCAUUCUGCUCUACUCAGCAACACCUUCGUUUGUAUUCAUAAUCGUUCCUUGCCUUUUGCUCUCCAGCCCGACUCCGACUUGCUGUAUU